CUCGAGAGAGGGAGAGAUACGAAGCUUUGUUUCGCUACUGAAUCGUGGCAGUAUAGCAACGCGUCUCUAUAUGUGAACAGGGAGUCCGUUAAAGCGACCUCCGUCUUUGCAUUUAUGGUGUCGUCCUCCUCUCGUGAACUUUGCAUGCAUUCCACGACAUGUCACCUCCGACAAUACAAGAGCCGUGUCCUAAAGUAUAAAAAUAGAUAACGCGACUAUAAGAAACUGAAUUUUUGUAGAAUUAAGUGAUAGUGUUUAUUUAAUAAUUUCAUGUGAAAAUCAUCGUGUUGAUAAAUCUCACCAGUCAUUAAGAAAAGAAAGAGAAAGCGCCUUAGUGAAAAGUCGAAUGUGAGGACUCGAGGAAACACAGACGAAAGAAAUGGGCACGAAAGUACUCAUCGAGAUGCAACAGCAACUGAGACAUGCUAUGUCCAGUUCAGGAAAUACUCCGACCAGUGCAAAGAAAUUAGAAGAUACAAUGGACAUCUAUAAUUCCAUAUUCCUAGUCUUUGAGGAUAUCACAUACAAUGCAAGACCCUGGAUUCUUUCUAAAAGAAAGGCUGAACUGUUGAAGAACGUGAGUGGCGAAUUCAGAGCCGGUGAACUCACGGCGAUAAUGGGACUGUCCGGUGCAGGAAAGUCCACAUUGAUGGAUGUUCUGGCGGGUUUUACAACGGCUGGCGUAACUGGGAAUAUAAUGGUCAAUUCAAAAGCUAGGAAUGUUAAUGAAUUUCGAAGAUUGUCUGCGUAUAUAAUGCAAAACGACAAUUUGCAGCCACUGUUGACCGUGCAGGAAGCAAUGAACAUCGCUGCGGAGCUAAAACUUACCGCAAGUCAUCAAGAAAGGAAACAAAAGAUUGAUCAGAUUCUGGUCACGAUGAACCUGGAUUCUUGUCGUCACACACGUACAGGUCAACUCAGCGGUGGAGAAAGGAAAAGACUGGCCAUUGCCUUAGAAUUAAUUAACAGUCCACCGAUAAUGUUUCUCGAUGAACCCACUAGUGGUCUUGAUAGCGUUACCUCAAAAUACUGUAUAACAUUGCUAAAGCAGCUAACAAAGGCUGGACAAACAGUGAUUUGCUCUAUUCAUCAGCCUAGUGCUUCACUCUUGAAUAUGAUCGAUCACCUUUAUGUUGUGGCAGACGGAAAUUGUGUCUACAGUGGUAGCACGCAAAAUUUAGUGCCUUAUUUGAGCAGUCUCGGUUUGCAAUGUCCAACGCACUAUAAUCCAGCUGACUAUCUAAUGGAAAUUUGCAAUGGAGAUUACGGCAGGUAUGUGCCAGAAUUGGUGAACGCCAUUGAGAAUGGAAAAAAUAAUGCAUGGAGGUCAACUAGCAAUGUAACCAAUGUCAAUCAUCAGGAGGAAGUGAUCGCUUUGAACGUGACCGCCUCAUUCCAAGCACUUCGACAGCGAUCUCCGAUGGAGAUAGAGCAUGUUCACAGUAAACAUAAAGGAUCUGGUGAUUACGCCGCUAGUUUUUGGAAACAACUAGUUAUUCUGCUUAAAAGAAAUGCUAUCAGACUCUCAAGAGACAAGGUAUUAACAUUUACGCGGCUUUCGAUGCAUUUUAUAAUUGCUCUGCUUGUCGGCGUAUUAUAUUUCAAAGUUGGUCAAGAUGCGGUGUAUGUGUUGGACAAUUUUAACCUUUUGUUUUUCAAUAUAAUGUUUCUUAUGUUUAGUGCAUUCAGUGCAACGGUAACAACAUUUCCCUCGGAGUUACCAAUCAUCAUGCGAGAGCAUUUUAAUCGUUGGUAUAAGUUACACUCUUUUUAUCUUGCUAAUAAAUUGGCGGACAUUCCCAUUCAAUUCGUAGCUAUUUCUUUAUACAUUCUCAUUGUAUAUUAUAUGAGCGAUCAACUAUUAGAACUUCAACGAUUCUGUCUCUACACACUAAUGUGUUUCGCUGUUAGUAUGGUUGCUCAAACGUUUGGCCUUUUAAUUGGAACAGGAAUGAAAAUACAGCACGGUAUGAUCUUUGGGCCACUGACAAUUCUUCCGUUUUUAAUAUUCAGUGGAUUUUUUGUUCAAUUUAGAGAUGCUCAUCCAUACUUACGAUGGCUGUUCCAUUUAUCAUUUCUUAAAUAUGGUUUUGAGGGUGUAAUGAUCGCUAUUUACGGUUACGGCAGGCCAAAACUUUCUUGUUCAGAUGUUUAUUGCCAUUUUGCCAUACCAGAGACUCUGUUAAAUGCUGUGGAUAUGAAACAAACUAAUUAUUGGUUCUGUUUGAUUGUAUUGAUUGCUUUGUACAUAAUGCUAGACAUUGGAACAUAUACAUUGUUGAAAUUGAAGUUAGAUAAACGUGUAUGA